UCAAUGGAACUGGAUAACUAUAUGCUUUUCAUUCCUAAUGCGAGCAUUGAAACAUCAGUAAUUCUAUGACAUAUUGUCAUCUCCAUAAUCACAAUUGCCUCCUCAUUUUCUUAGUUCUCAUAAUUUCAGCAGUGGCCAUGUUGGCUGGAUCAAUGGAUGGAGGGAAUCACUCGGUUGUGUCUGAGAUUGUGUUUCUGGGACUCACCCAUUCAUGGGAGAUCCAGCUUCUCCUCCUGGUGUUCUCCUCUGUGCUCUACGUGGCAAGCAUGACUGGAAACAUCCUCAUUGUGUUUUCUGUGACCACUGAUCCUCAUUUACAUUCCCCCAUGUAUUUCUUAUUGGCCAGUCUCUCCUUCAUUGACUUGGGAGCCUGCUCUGUCACCUCACCCAAGAUGAUUUACGACCUUUUCAGAAAGCAUAAAGUCAUCUCCUUUGGAGGCUGCGUUGCUCAGAUCUUCUUCAUCCAUGUCAUUGGUGGUGUGGAGAUGAUGCUUCUCAUAACCAUGGCCUUUGACAGAUAUGUUGCCAUAUGUAAGCCUCUUCACUAUCUGAACAUUCUGAGCCCACGAAUGUGCAUUUUGUUUCUGGCUGCUGCCUGGGCCCUUGGCAUCAGUCACUCACUGUUCCAGCUAGCAUUUAUUGUUAACUUACCCUUCUGUGGUCCUAAUGUAUUGGACAGCUUUUACUGUGACCUUCCUCGACUCCUCAGACUGGCCUGUACAGAUACCUACAGAUUGCAGUUCAUGGUCACUGUCAACAGUGGGUUUAUCUGUGUUGGUUCUUUCUUUAUACUUCUCAUCUCCUACAUAUUCAUCCUGUUAACUCUUUGGAAACAUUCCUCAGGUGAUUCAUCCAAGGCCCUCUCCACUUUGUCAGCUCACAUCACUGUGGUAUUUUUUUUCUAUGGUCCAACCAUGUUUGUCUAUACAUGGCCACAUCCCAAUUCCCAUAUGGACAAGUUUCUUGCUCUCUCUGAUGCUGUUCUCACUCCUUUUUUAAACCCAGUGGUCUACACAUUCAGGAAUAAAGAGAUGAAGGCAGCAAUGAAGAUAGUAUGCAAACAGUUAGUGAUUUACAUGAAGAUUUCAUAAAUUAUAUGAUAAGGCCUUCUCACUAACCAUGCUGUAGCCUUUUGUUUAUUUUAAAUUCAGGAACUUUGAGGCAUUAAAUAUUGGUUUCAGUCUUAUCAUACCUGAAACGUAAUUCUUAACCGACGAAUGUAUUUGUGCCUUGUGGAGAGUGAGCCAUGAAUACAGUAUGUCUCUCUAUCUAUGCAUGUCUCAUUUAAUUUCUUUAGGCAAAGUUAUAUAGUUUUCAGUGAACAGGUCUUGCAUAUAUUUUUUGAUUUAUCCCUAAAUAUUUCCAUUUUUGAUGCUGUUUUAAAUAGUAUUUUUUGUUUCAAAUUACAAUUGU